CAGUCUGUGGGUAGAACACACCCUAGUCCUUAGUUGGUGGGGAAAGUUCCUGCUGUGGAAACAGACUUAUAGUUUGAAGUGACCCAUUUAAGAAUUGUGCGGAUAUAUAUAUAUAUGCAUACAACGAAUCUCAUGUCAUCCUCCAGUGAUCUACUGACUGAGGAGCUUAAGUGCUCUAUAUGUCUGGAAGUCUUCACUGAUCCAGUCAGCACUCUAUGUGGCCACAACUUCUGCAAAAGCUGUCUGGAUAAAUGCUGGGACAAGAGCCAGACCUGCAGCUGUCCAUACUGCAAAGAAACAUUCAAUCAAAGACCUGACCUCAGGGUUAAUACCACACUCAGAGAGGUUGCUGAACACUAUAAAAAGAAACUCAAGCAAACUGAGUUGAAGUGGAUGCAGCAGUAUGCAGUGGAUGUGACUCUAGAUCCAGAAACUGCUCAUCCUGAACUCAUCCUGUCUGAUGAUGGAAAACAAGUGAGACAUGGAGACAUUUGGCAGAAACUCCCAAACAACUCAAAGAGAUUUGAUACAUAUUUAUUCGUCUUGGGAAAAAAGGGGUUCUCCUCAGGGAGAUUUUAUUUUGAGGUGCAGGUGGAAGGAAAGACUAGCUGGGAUUUAGGAGUGGCCCAAGGAUCCAUUAACAGGAAAGGAGAGAUCUUACUGAGUCCCAGUAAUGGAUUGUGGACUUUGAUUCUGAGGAAUGGGAAUAAAUAUAUUAACUGUGUUAAUCCCCCUGUCAGUAUCUCCGUGAGAGUGAAGCCUCAGAGGGUUGUUGUGUUUGUUGAUUAUGAGGAGGGUUUGGUCUCCUUUUAUGAUGUGGAGACCAGCUCUCACAUAUACUCUUAUACUAAUCAGCGUUUCUUUGGGGAACUCUAUCCAUAUAUUAGCCCAUGCCUUAAUGGUGGAGGUAAAAAUUCAAGCCCACUGAUCAUCACACCUCUCAAUUACACUAAAUGAAAUAUAGCGAAGGUGCCAGGGUGGGAUUUGCAUCAGAAAUUAGCAUAGCACCUCCCCUGUCUAUAUUUAUAAAGCAGUGGUUCUCAAACUUUUUACAGUCGCAUACCCCCCAGGCAUUUAACGUCCUUCAAUGUCUCACACUUAGACUACAGUCAGAAUUUUUUUUUUAAACGUGCAUGUGUAACACAUAUACCUUUGUAAAGUAACUCAGUUUUAUCAAACACAUAAUUUGUAUCCAACCUAUCACAUACUUUUAAAUAAAUUACUCACCGUUUAAUGAGAUGGGUGGGCUUGAAGUGACUUGCAUAACUCUGUGAUGUUUGGGUGUAUUGGAGAGUCUCUUUGUCUUAAAUAAUUCUCAAUCGUGGACAGUAUGUCGAUAUUUGUUCUUCAUGUUGGUAAUUGCCGAGAAUUCACUUUCAAAGAGGUAUAUUGUCGUGAAGGGCAUCAAAGUCUUUACAGCAUGAUUUGCCAAGGCAUUGUACUCUGCACGCAGGGCUAUCCAGAAAUCUGGCAGAGAUUUUUGUGUGAACUCUAUUUUCGAUGAGAAAUUCAUAGAUAUUUCAACAAGAUCCUCUUGCUCAGAAAUGGGCAGGUGUAAUGUGGGGGUGUUAGAGAAUGAAUGGGGAAUCCAGUUGUUUGAGUUGUCUGGUUCGGUAAAGUAUCUGCGCAACUGAGAGGCCAGAUCAGGAAGUUGCUUAAUUAACUAAUUAACUAACUUGCAUCAGUAAAGUUAAACUGGGUUGUAACCAAAAAAUGCAAUGGCGAAAAGGCUUCAGUUUUUUCCUCGUUAAUGCUGUUCCUUCAUGUAAACGGUGACACAAUUCAAAGGGAUGGUCAAGAAAAAAAAUAAUUAAGUUAAUCCUUCAAUUCAAACUGUUGUGCCAGCACCUUUACCCUGGACAGUCAUUGAACAUGAGUAUGGAGUGAGUGUGUGUCGUAGUCACUGCCCAUUUCAUUGCACAAUAUAGAAAACAAAGGGUCUUGCUUUAACAAAAUUCACAAUUCAUACAGCAUCAUCUAAAAUUUCCUUUAGACGGCUAGGCAUUUCCUUGGUGGCAAACACCUCUCUGUGAAUGAUGCAGUGUAUAUCCAAGCUGCAUAGGGUUCAACUGGUUAGAAGCAUAAUGCCACCCUCUAUUCUUCCCUGUCAUUGCUUUUGCUCCAUCAGUACAGAUGACCACACACUUUUUCCUUAGAAACUCAUGUGACUUAACAAAGCUAUCUAAGACUUUGAAAUUCUCCUUCUCAGUUGUCCUGCCAUCCAGCGGUUUGCAAAAAAGUACAUCUUCCAUAAUUGUACCUUCAUAAAUAUACCUCACAUAUACCAGUAGUUGAGCUAAACCAGUUACAUCCAUUGAUUCAUUUUUUUUUUUUUUUAAAGCACAACAUUCGCUGGCUUUUAUGAGAAGAAGUUGUUGUUUUAAAUCGUCCCUUGCCAUAUCAGCGAUGCGACGUGAAACAGUGUUGUCAGAUGAUGGCAUCAACUUUAUUUUAUUUUUUGGCCUUUUCUCUGAGCAUUAUACCAGUGAUAUCUGUAACAAGCAGGAACAAUUAACUUCUCCACAAUAGUAUGGGGUUUGCCUGUCUUAGCCGCUCUGCUACUCACCAUGUAGGAUGCUUCUAGACCCUUCCUGUUUAGGUCAUCUGAUACAGUUAAAAGGGCCUUACUACUGAGUUGUUUUAUUUGUCUUUCAAAAAACUCUUGUGGUUUAUUUAUAAAAAGUGGGAUGCUUUGAUUCUUAAUGCCAUGCCAGUGAAAAAAAUGCUGGUUUCAUGCAGUUUGAAAGAGUACUUUUACACACUGUGGCUGAGGAUUUUCUUUAUUGCCAUUUUAUGUAAAGCCAAGUGAAAUAUAUUUUUCAUCAUAUUUAUGCCUCUUUGAUGUUCUUUCUGUGAAUUGCUGGUGAUGCUGAGAUUGCUUUUUGGCUUCGGAUGCAUCAAUUUCAAUAAAGCUGUCAACCUUAGUAUGCGGUGCAUUCACGCUCGCUACUGAAAGGGUUAGUUCAUCCAAAAAGGAAAAUUAUGUCACUUAUGACUCACCCUCAUGUCGUUCCAAACCAGUAAG